UGUUCCUACUUCCAGUCCACCACAAACAAUCAUGGCGUCGCACGGAGAAAAUACAGGAGCCUCCGAGUCUGUAGCUGCUGAGGACCGGGGAGAGAGAAGAACAGCGACGGUGUCGUUUGGUUUCACUAAAACAGUUAAUAAAUUUAAACCUCCGACUGGCGAAGCUCCGAAGAAGAAAGAAGAGAAAGAUUAUUUGACUGGAAUUGAUGGAAAUGAGUUGCAAAGUUCAAAACCAUCUGAGAAGCCCAGAGAGCUCAUCAUCCCUCUGAUUCAGAAGAACCGUUGGCACAAACCGGACCGAGCCGCCCAGAGCGAUGAAAGUGGCGGCAAAACAACCCAAGACUGCGAUUCUGUGGAGUCUCAGGCUGUCAAAGAACUUAUUGAAGAUUCACGGAGGCAGCUCGAGUUGUGGGAAAAUGGACCUCAGUCAGACAGUAACCUCAACCUAUCCAUCCCCCUGUUGAUGCAAAACAAAGUGCCAGAGGGGUUUGAGGAUGGAGAACGUGUAAAGGUGGACCUGCGGCCUGAAUCUUCAACAGAGGCAGAUUAUGAGAGCGUUCCUGUUGAGGCAUAUGGACUCGCUAUGCUUAAAGGGAUGGGCUGGAAGAAAGACGAAGGCAUUGGACGUACCUUUAAACAAAACGUAAAGCCAAUUGAACACCAGCUCCGUCCAAAAGGGUUGGGCCUCGGGGCAGAUCGUUCAGCAAUAAAAGACCUGGAACCCAGCAGACAUAAGCGUCCACCGAAGCCAGGCGAGGAGCAACAAAAGGAGGAGGAACUGGUGAUGGGUCCUGGGGGUUGUGUGCUGGUGCUGUCAGGAGCGCAUAAAGAUCUAUAUGGCAAGAUAGAAGGUGUGGAUGCAGACAACGCUCGAGUCGUGGUGAAGCUGGCUAUCGGGGGCAGGACUGCGACAAUCAGCCAGUACGCCAUUAAACUAGUUGGGCGCAAGGAAUAUGACAAAUACAGCAAAGACCUCAGUCGUCUCAGUAAAGCCCACAAGGAGAAGGAAAAGGAAAAAGAGAAGGAAAAAGAGCGAGAGAGACGGGAGGAGAAAGAGAGGAGCAGUAACGGUGACAAAGUGAAACGCAAAUCUUCAGAAAGAGAUAACGGGAAAGACGAGAGGAAGAGGAAACACAGAGAGUCAAGUCGAGACAGAGAUAAACCUCCAGUGAAAGAAGCAAAGCGACCACCGGCUCCUCCCUCCUGGCUCCAGAGAGACCUGAAGGUUCGCUUCAUAGAUAAAGCUUUCAAAGGGGGCCAGUACUACAAUUCAAAGAUGCGAGUUGAGGAUGUCCUGACACUGUCUACCUGUGUGUGUCGAACCGAAGAGGGAAGACUGUUAGAUGAUGUGAAGCAGGACAUGCUGGAAACAAUCAUCCCUAAAAGUGAACACGACUCUAUAAUGGUUGUGCUGGGUGAGCACAGGGGACAGGUCGGCCGUAUUCUUCAGCGAGACAAGAACAAGUGCAGAGCGAUGGUGCAGCUCGACAAAUACGAGGAGAAAGUGUUCACACUGGACUACGACUGUAUUUGUCACUAUGUUGGAGCAGGAUACCGCUGAUUUGUGGUCUUCAUUGUAAUAUUUACUGUCUUUUUUCACACCAUCUCAUCUGAACUGUUAUUUUUUUUGUAAGAUACAGAAACAAUGGAUUUUAAAGCAUAGCAAUUUUGUAAUAAAACCACGCCAUGAA